AUGUCCUCUACCGAGCAGCCGCCAUCGUCAAGGGAGAUUAUCAAGACCUUCCGACCGGAUUUGCAGGUGUACGAGUCAUUGUACAAAACGAUCCACUUGAAUCCGGAGCUGUCGCAUCAAGAAUCCCAAACAGCGGCUUUGAUUGUCGACCAUCUCAAGCAUCUCAGUGACGAAUUCGAAAUCCGGACCAACAUCGGCGGUCAUGGAUUGAUCGCCAUUCUGAAAAAUGAACCGGGGAAGACCAUCCUGCUCCGGGCGGACAUGGAUGCUCUGCCGGUGGCAGAACGGACCAAUCUUGAAUAUGCCAGUCACAAAAGGCAGCUCGGUGCGGAUGGAAAGGAGACCCCCGUCAUGCAUGCUUGUGGACAUGACUUCCACGUGGUGUGUCUGCUGAUCGCCGCAGAGACACUCCUCCGUGCUCGCAGAUACUGGUCUGGCACCAUCGUCUUUCUUUUCCAACCUGCCGAAGAGGCAGGCGACGGUGCGCUUGGAAUGGUCAAGGACGGGCUGUUCGAUGGCAAUCGCCACGACUGCCCCGUUCCCGACAUGGUGCUGGGCCAACACGUAGCUCCUAUCCGAGCAGGGAUCGUGGCGUCCAAAGCAGGUCCCAUCAUGAGCUCAUCUGACAGCCUCGGAGUCACCAUCUUCGGCCGGGGCGGCCACGGAAGCAUGCCUCACCGCUGUAUCGACCCUGUUGUGAUUGCCAGCCAUAUUGUGGUUCGGCUGCAGACGAUAGUGAGCCGCGUGGUGCCUCCCGACGAAGUGGCCGUCAUCACCGUCGGGUCCAUUCACGCCGGCGAGGCCGAGAAUGUGAUUUGUGACCGUGCAUUCUUCACCAUCAACAUCCGGACCCUCAGCGAAGAGGUCAGACUUCUCGUCCUAGACCACGUCAGGAGAACGAUCGAGGCGGAAUGUAGCGCCGGAUUCUGUGAGAAGCCGCCCCAGAUCGAGCAUCACAUGAGCCUUCCCGUCACGGCCAAUGCUGCACCGGUGGACGACCGGCUGCGGCGGGUGUUCCAAGAUUACUUUGCGCAGGAGUUCAUCGUCGCGCCAAAAAGCAGCCUGGCAAGUGAGGACUUCAGCCUUCUGGCCUCCUCGAUCGGCAAGCCAUAUUACUUCUGGCUGUUCGGCGGCAUCGACCAGCAAAAGUGGGACUCACUUGCCGCAGUGAACAAGCUGGACACGGUCCCAAUCAACCACAGCCCCAACUUUGCGCCCGCCAUUCAUCCAACGCUCCAAACCGGUGGAGACGCCAUGACUAUUGCUUCGCUGGCAUUCCUUCAGAGAUUGACGUAG